AUGGACGAAAAUUUCGAAGACGAGGACAUCGAUGCCGGUCCCAGCGACCGGAGGGCGAUCCAAUCCGUCCUAGACGACGAUGAAGAUGAGGAAGAUGAGGACCCUCGCCCCCGUGGCGCUCCUGGUGGGGCGGCGAUCGACGAUGAGGAUGAAGACUCUCCUCCUCUUGCCACCGAAGCUACAAUUGAUGACGCUGGUGGAGAUUCUCAACCGCGUGGCGCUCAGGCUGCGAUUGAUAAUUAUGAUGAAGAUUCUCCGCUGCGUGGCGCUCAGGGUGAGGCGGGAAUUCAUAAUGAUCGCCAAGCUGGGAAUGGCAGCGCCGGGGGUGGAGGGAGCGAGGACGGAUUUGAUGAUUUGUUUGAGGAUGGGGAGGAAAUGGAGGGGCAAGAUGGUGGGGUGGGGGAGGCUGGGGAGUAUGGGGAGACCAGUGCAGAAGAGGAUGAAGGCGAGGAGCCUGGAGAAGGGGAGGGGGUGGCUGGGGGGUCCGACGAGGCCGAGGAGGUGGAUGAGGAGUUUGAGAAGAUGUUCAAGCCCAAGGGGAGGCGCAGCCGUGGGAGGAUGGGGGAUACUGAAAUCAAGGCGGUUGUGACGCGGCUGCUGGACAAGAUGGACGCCGCUGCGGUGGAUGAUUACGAGCUGCUGAAUGAGGGUGAGCCGGCGCUGAACAAGCUCAAGUUGCUGGAGGAGGUGGAGGCUGCAGUGCUGCAGAGGGACCUGCAGUCGGCGUUGUUGGAUGGGGGGGUGCUGGGGUCGCUCAAGGCGUGGCUGGAGCCGUUCAACGGCACGCUGCCCAACGAGAGGAUCCGGUCGUCCGUGCUGGGCAUGCUGCACAAGCUGCCCAUCGACACAGCGGACCACUUUAGGAGAGAGCAGCUGAAGAGGUCCAGGAUCGGGAGCCGGGUGAUGUUUUACUCAAAGGUGAAGGAGGAAUCCGUGCAGAACAGGCGCAUCGCCCGUGAGCUCGUCCAGGCCUGGAGCCGGCCCAUCUCGCAGGAGACGCGCAAUGAGGAGGAGGAGGAGCGGCAGCGCGCAGAGCAGCUCCAGAACCGGAAGCGGCAGCUGGAGGCUGAGAGGGAGGAGGAGCUGAGGGCCAAGAUCAGGAGGGCGAGCCAGCCCGGCAGGCAGUUCAUGGCCAGGAUCCCCGAGCGCAACCGGAUGGAUUACGUUAUCCAGCCGCAGAGCAAGAUAUCCACGGAGGCCACAAAGUCCCAGCCGAAGAAGGAAUCCGCAGUGGUCCGCCACCUGCAGCGCAUCAAGCGGAAGAAGAUCGCGCGGUCGCUGCAGGCCAUGAAGCCGAGCAUCGAGGGGAAGGGCCUGCUGUAG